AUGUCCACGCGUCCCUUCACUGCCCUCACCGACGAACCCGGUCACAGCAUCGACUUCAUCAGAAAUUGGCACCUGCUCGGCAUACCGAGCAACGGCCUCGGUGUCGACUUAGUCCAAGUCACGAAUCGCCUUUAUCCGGACAACACCCGCGAAGUUGUUAUGCAGAGGCGAGCGUACGCCGAACGGAUGGGCACCUCUAUUAUGCCAACGCCUCGCGACAAGCGUUCUGAACGGUUCGGGCCGUCCAAAAUGGGUCAAUUCUGCGAGCAGCCGACAUGUAUGGGCUCAAAACUUACGGCUAACAUGCUAAAACGUUGUGCGAAGUGUCUCCAAGUGUCGUAUUGUGGCAAAGAGUGCCAGAGACUCGAUUGGCCUCGUCGCAAGUAA